AUGGGGAAUUUUGUGGACGUGGACGGCAAAAAGAUUUACUGUGAGGUGCAAGGUGAAGGGAACUUCACUGUUGUCCUCGAUGCCGGCCUUGGGAUGUCUAGUCUUUCAUGGCAUUGGAUUAAGGAUGUUCUUGUCAGUAGAACGAGGGUGGUGUGUUUCGACCGGCCGGGUCUGGGAUAUAGCCCACCCGACAAAGGCCCAUCAUGGCUGCGGAGGGUGGACUCGAUAGUGGAUCUCACCUACCAGCUUCUAGGAAAGCUGAAACUUCAGGAGAAUCUGAUUCUUGUCGGACACUCCUCUUCAGGAAUGCAUGUGCGGCUCUACGCUCACCUGUACCGAGAGCAGGUCAAGGGGAUUGUGCUGAUCGAUGCUGCGCAUGAGAAGCAGCUCCAGAAGCUGCAAGGCAACUCCAUUUACAACAGCUACCCUUCUAGGGAAAUGACCGAACACAAAAUGUACUUGAUCUCCGGCCCUGAGUUCAGUAGGCUGUGCUGGCAAUUCCCUCUUUUCGUUUACGUGCUGAAGUUCUUCGAUAUGCUGGGAAGAUCUGUUGCGAGUGAUGCGGCAAGCAUGCUUGCCAUGAUUUCAGAACAUGGAUCUCAAAAAGACUCCAUGGAAUACAUGCAAACACUGGACAUCAUGAAACCCGGACAGCUGGGCAACAUGCCGCUUAUGAUCGUAUCGAGAGAUCCCCAAAGAGGUGCUGGAGGGAGACUCUAUCCCAAUGCCAAGGGAGAUCCAGAAUUUCAGUUAGAGCAGGCUGCCCUCUCCUCAAACAGCUCACGGAAAGUCGUUGAAGGAGCGGGCCAUGGUUCGCUGCUGUUUGUCAAGGAGGAUGCAGAGGAGACUGCGAAAGCUAUUUUACAGUUAGUUGAUGCCGCAAGAAAUGGUUCACAGCUGAGAUAA